AUGUUGGGUCAAGAAAGUGGUCAAGAAGGUAGUUUUUGCGUCAGACGUCAGAUAGUAACUUUAUUUAUUGAGGUUCUACAAUUUUGUAAUAAUAUUAAUUUAAAAGGGGCAUUAAUUGUUCGAGAGAAAUUGAAGGAAGACAAGCAUUCUUAUCUUAUCAACUAG